CGGGCAGUCACUGCAUGCAUUCUACCUCAACGUUUCCUCGUUCUCAAGUUCUCGCUCUUGGUCCCAGCUUCGUCCAGUCUCUCGUUCCAGCGACAUUGAUUUCUCAAGUAGAGUCUCUGCUCGAAAGUCACAGAAUUAAGGAUGCGGCGGACCUGGCAGAUCAACAACGAAAGAAGCUACAGAGCAAUAUCAUUGUCAAUGAGGACGAGAUAGAAGAAUUACACUACGUGUGCCAGCGAAUAGGGUUCCAAUGCUUCACAGAGACUUUAUUCGAGGACGCGGGAAAUCACUUCUUUGACGGGGAAUUGGACCCCCGUUUACUCGUCAGAUAUUAUCCGGACUUGAGUGGAAACUUGUUUUCAGAGGAUGAUCAGAUAGACAUAUUUGCUGGUGUAGCGGAACAUAUGCCUAAGGAACAUUGUAUUGACGAUAUAGGUGAGUGUUCAGCGAGUUGGCUCCUUUCAUAUGCUCCGGCGGAGUAUAUUUCCCCUGUACAUACAUACAUCCAUCUGGCUACCCUCCCUCCUUCUUUGGUGACUCGCUUCCAUUGACAUGCACCCCCAUUCGCAUCAUCUCACCCGCAUCGCGCGUUCCCCACGUUGGAACUGAUCAGUCGUGGCAAACCUAGUCAGGAAUUAUUCACCACAUAUGUCGCCCAACACCCGGUCUGCACCACCCACAGCCGAAUUACGCAAGAUCUUAGGAAUGGCCGCCCAGGAGAUGCUAGUAAACCACUUGAAAAAGUGUCGAACACGCCGAAAGGUGGACAGUCGAGCUCGCAGUUCAAACUCAAGUAGAUGGGAAUCGUCGUAUCCUAUCGUGGAUACUGUUCUCGUUAAGCUGUUUGCCCUGUCGGAAAAGACCCAAGAUCUAUACGCCCUCUUGAACGAAGCGCACAACGUAAUCAUCUCGGAGGUUGAACCGGUUCUACAGAAAAAUGGACAGUAUAAUGCCUUAUGCAUGUUAUAUAAACAACACGGGGAUGAUGACAAACUGCUUAAUGCUUGGUCGAAGGUGGCAGAUGGCGAAUGGAUUGACGAUGACAUACCGGACCCCGUGUCCAACAUUGUCAAUCUGGUUACAGAGAAAAGGGAUCGCACACUUGCCCAGCAAUGGGGAUUGUGGCUGACCAAACGAGAUCCCGAACGCGGCCUGAAGCUCUUGAUGCCUAGGGAAUCAGGAAAACGUCGCAACAACAAACCUGACGACGAGAAGUUGCUUCUUAAGCAGAUCAAAGAAGCCAAUCCCACUGCUGUUAUGCAAUAUCUAGAAUAUCUCAUCAUCCAGAGGCGCAAUAUCGAACCUGAGAUUCACAUGGACUAUGCCUCGACUUGCGUUGGCCAAUUGCUAGAUUUCCUAUCCCAGGAGGACGUCCUGAAAUUAUGGCGAGCUAAAGCAUCGUCGUAUUCGUCUAGCCGAACCGAAUUCACCUUGCCUUUCAUCUCUUACUUCGCCUCGACAACACCAGAUUCCGAACACAAACGCGUGCGCCUGAAGACCGCCUUAUUUCUGCAAGCCUCUGACCUGUAUGACCUCGUUGCGAUACGAGGACGCCUCCUUCCACACGCCAAAGUACUCCAGUUUGAAAUGGCGAUCUUGGACGGCAAGCUACAAAAUCAUGACUCCGCACUAUCAAACCUUGCACUCGACCUACGUGACACCAUUACCGCUGAAGCUUAUUGUACACUUGGUGGUGAUCCAAUACCGAACAAAGUUGCAUUGUCGCUAAUCGACAGCGUGCCCGGAACGCAAUCAUGGAAGUCGUCGCCGAUGUUUUCUACUUCAAAGGACGUUGACGACCACACAAAGAAAGAGCUGUUAAAGAUCUUAUUACAAGUGUAUAUGAAGGAUAGAGAUUCAAAUACAGACAGAGCUGCUCAUCUGCUCAAUGCCCAGGCAAUCAAUUUAGAUAUAGCGGAUGUCCUUUCGAUAGUUCCGUCGGAGUGGCCGUUACAACUCAUGUCCUCAUUCCUCGCCCGUUCCUUCCGGAGAAGAUUGCAUCAUCGUCAUGAAGGUCACAUACUCAAAGCGAUAGCGUCGGGCCAGAACCUUGAAGUGAAAGAACGUACUUGGAUGAUCCUGCGAGAAGAAGGAUACGAAGAAGAGAUUCUGGAUGAGAAUGAACAAGGUGAGGAAGAUGAGGAAGAGAAAGUACUAGACGAGAAGACAGGGCUACCGGCAGAGCCUGUAGAUAUACAUCCGGAUACAACACAUGAUAGGGAUCUUGUUCGGACUACAGAUAUUCGGUAGUUCCUCUGUUACUUUAGCGAUUUGUGACUAUGUCAUUCCUUGGCGUCAAGCGUGGAAUCUUCUCGCCUAUUUUGUUGAGGAUCAUUGUGCCCAUUAUCAGCGACCCGACGAAAA